AUGUCCGAACCAGCUGAUUAUGCUCUCUGUGAGAAAUUUGAAGCCAAUAUGUUUGCCAAAAACCGAUGCCAGAACUGUUUGCGAACAAUCACUGCUCAUCAACAUGGUAACCAGGUAUUCAAAAAAGAUGUCAUAAACCUUCCUAAAUGUAUUUCUAAUAAUAUCAGCGAAUCUGAUCCUGCUGAUCCAUGGGACCCCUUGUGCAUUCUAGCAUCCCAGUGUAAAGUCUAUGUAUAUGUGGGCUCUGAAGACAGAAGAGAAAGCCAGCAGGAAAGGUUGGGAUAUACCCUGCUCAACUGCAGCAAUGAAGAAUCUGAAGCAGCAAAUACAUGCCCUGAUGCCAGCAAUACUCUCAGCACUGAUGCAGGUGGCAAUGCCAUGCUUAGUGAGGACCAGGAAAUGACUAGACUGCUCAGCAACAUUUUGGAAUCUGAAAAAAAAAACUCACUACACAUUGCAAGUCUGAAGGAAAAGGUACAGUCUGAAAACUUGCACUCUGAUAGGCACAGGUGGGCCGAGGCAACAUCCUGUAGAAGAACAGUGUCUUGGAGUUGUCUAAAACCAGAAUCCAGGGCUAUGAGCCAGGACUGUGGCGACAGCAGGAGGAAGCAUCAAGCUGAGAGUGGCUAUUUCUCUUUGGAGUGUUGUAAAUCAGAGUCAAAUUGGAUCUCUUCCACUUCCUGUCCUAAUCAUAGCAUGUUGCCCACUCCUAGCAAGGCCACAGGAGCCUCCCUCAGCUUGGCAGAUUCCAAGCUGAACUUUCACAAGAGUGGCAGCAAUGAGGGCCGAUGUGGGCUGAUAAAGCAGAACUAUACAAUCUUGGCUGACUUGCCCAAGGCCAAACGGCUCCGUCACCAGGAGGCUUUUGAAAAAGAGCACAGCCGUGCUCGUAGCCCAGGCCGAGCAGAGGUGGAACGGAUUUUUGGGCAGGAACGCAGGAAGUCAGAGACCCUGGAAGUCUUCCAGGCACUGGAAGAGGGCCUCCUGGAACAUUUGGACAGCAAGUCCUUGAAGCUGGCCAAGGAAGGGCGAUUAGUCAGAAGGCGAUCGAGCCCCACCCUGUGCCGAGAAGUGAAGAAAAGAUUUCCAUGGGAGCCAGAACAGCCCAGGAAAAGAGAAUCUCUUUGCAUAGGAAGAGCAGAACAGCAACUCAAGAUAAGUAGCCAGAGCCAUGGUGAAUCCUUGCACUUAAAGAACCCAAAUCAGCAAUCACAGAGAGAAAUUCAAAGUAGAGGGAUGCCUCUGUACUCAACAACUUCAACCUCUCAGAAGAUGGAGAGACAAGGAAGGAAAUUGGAGGAGCUUGUGUCCCGUUUGACUUCCAGUGCAGAGAGGGCUGCCCUUUGUCCUAUGAGUCAUGGGAGGCAAGUGGAUAAUGAUAAAAAGAGACCAGCAGAGAUCUCACAUCACAAGAGCCCUGGAAAGAAUGACACAGAUGCUAGAUGGAAAAGCAAUCCAAGUACCUUGCAUACUGCUAACCCUCCAAAGACUUUGGACAAGAAUCAAGCAAGGCUCACAAGGCAACUAGAUAGGUAUAAAGAAAGUGACCGGAAGGCACGAGGAAAACCUUUGCUCCUUGUAGGUACAGUUGACCAGCCAAGAAAGAACAUAAGAGACUCCCAAGAUGUUAUUUGUGCCGUUGGCUCAAGAAGUGAAAUAGCAGCUAGAGGGAAAGAGGGGCGGCCAGUGGUUUGUUCAAGGUUUGGGCAUGAUCAGUGCGGAGCCCAAGAAGUGAAAAAGUAUUCUUUUAAUCCUAGGAAAGAAAUGGAAAUCGGUUUGAAAUGUCCUAGUGCAGCUGUGAAUAGCUCUAGUCCUGGAAUAUCUGCUAGUAGAAGCAAAAGAGAUAUCAGAAACUCUUGUGGUCCAGGGAGAUUCAAGGAAGACAACUGGAACAACUUGAAAGAGCUCAGACAUUCUCCAAGUCCUGGGAGUUUGAUGGAAAGUACCCAAUUAUGCUUUGAGCAGGCAAGAUGCUGUGCUGCUUCACAGCAGCGCCAAGAGAAUAACUGGAAAAGUCGAAGGGAAGCCAGGAGUUUAAGGGCCAGUGCCAGUAGUGAUGGGCUGAGCAAAGGAGACCAUUCAAUUGCUUUCACUCCUAAGAAAGUGAAUGACUUGAAGGGUUGUUGCACAUCCUUUAGCCCCCCAGACCCUACAGUUUUUGGACAGAAAGGGAUGGUCCAAGAAGCUCUUGCACACUCCAUCAAACCAGAGACUGUCCCAAGAAUUCAAGAAAGCUCCCAGAGCCAUGUACAUCCAAUGCCAUCCUUGGAAAAAGAGUGGAUAAACCAAGGGGAGUGCUUUCAUUCUGCCAAGCCAGGGCAGCAACAGUUGGAGGAUAACAGGAAAAACCAAGGAACUCCAGAAAAAUGGGCAGAGGAUAAAUGGAUAAACUGGCAGAGGUGUCCCAGCCCCUCAACAGCAGAGAAGCAUCUGGGAAAUAAUAAGGAAAGAAUGAAGCAGCAAUGUGAAGGGCAUAUUGCAACAAGUGCUUGUUCCUCUAGAAGUCAAAUCCUUUAUCUGGACUCCAGUAAGAAACAUAAGGGGGCUGGAGGUACUGAGAUCAGCCAAGCCUGA